UAUCGGUAGUAGAUGCGAGCAGACAGGAGAGAGAAGCAAGCCGGACCUCCGCCUGGUCAGUUGCCGCAGCUGCUGCCUCGGUCUUCCGGUCGGCCUCCCAGGAGACACACACGGGCACGCAGCCCCCUUCGCUAGGCGACCAUGUGAUCCCCCCAUAUCCCAUCCUUUCUCAAUGUGCGUCUCCAAAGCCCGGACCUGGGUGUCGGCUCUGUGGCUCCUCCUCCUGCUGCGGCUGCUCUUUCCUCCUCCUCCUCCAGGGGCUUCAGCAUCACACUGCACUUUGCCCAGCCCUAUGAAUGUCCAUUUUGUCUCAAAAAAUAUGAAGAAUGUCUUACACUGGUUGCCACCAGAAGGAAUAGCAGAGGAAAAAGUAAACUAUACAGUGAAGUAUUUAAUAUAUGGCACAAAUAAAUGGAUUAAGAAUUCAGAAUGCAGAAAUAUCAGUCAAACUUGGUGUGACCUCUCACAUGAAACUUAUGACCAUAAGGAACUCUAUCAUGCCAGAGUAAAAGCCUUUUUAAAUGGAAACUGUUCCGACUGGGCAGAAUCUGCACGAUUUAAUCCAUUCACAGACACUAAAAUUGAUCCACCUGCAUUUUCCUUGUCUUCUACUGAAACAUCUAUUUCAGUCAUUGUGACUCCACCUAAAAAAUGGCGGAGAGGCCCAGGAGAGGAACCUGAGUAUUUGCAUCAAAUAUAUCCCAGCCUACAAUAUAACGUAACUGUGUUCAACAAAAAAAUUAAGAAAAGGUGGACCUUCUGUAUUAAAAACAACAGCCUGGAAGUGCAGCAGUUAGAGCCAAACACAGGAUACUGCGUCACAGUGCAAAUAUAUAUUACUCCACUCCUGCUUAGUGGAUUUUCUGAAGAACGUUGCAUUGAUACACUGAAAGAUCCUACUUUCAAACAAACAACAAUAAUAUUUGGAUAUAUUUUGCCUGUCUUUUUAACAGUCCUCAUUAUUUUGGUGCCAAGCUGCUGUAUAUACAGGUACAUUCACAAAGCGAAGCAAACGUAUCCUAAGAACUUGGUUUUGAAGCCCAGUAAUCAAUUCGGGGGAGAUGUUUUUGUGCCUUCUGAAAAAAUAAUAGUUAACUUUAUCACUGUUACCAUCGUUGAUGAGUACAAGAAUGAGUACAAGAAUUCUCCAGAGAACACUCAUUUUCUAGACCAUGCCAGCAAUUCUGAUGGAAACAAUGUUGAAGAAACCUUUUCAAAAGAAUUAGAAGAAAAACAUUCUCCAGAUAGUUGCCUAAUUGAGGGAUCUGAAAAUGAGCAAGAUGGGAACAGACCAUCAAUGACAACUCUUGGAUCUCAGUGCACUCCUGGCCAGAGGCACAAUGAUGAAGUUGUAGUAUAUGAGUUUGACAUGAGGGCUGAAGAUGGAAUCCCAACUGAGAACACACAAGAAGAGUUUCACACAAAAGAAAACAUUUCUGCACUAGAGGAAUUGCUGCACAACUCCCCAAAAGCACUGUCACUAAUUCCUGAAAAAGGACCAUCCUACUAUCUUCCAUACAAUGUGAGAGCACCGAAUAUUUUUUUAGUGCAAAAUCUAAGUGAACUCUAUUUGAAUGAGAUGGAUCCCAUCCCAGAUAACUUAUGUGAUGAUUUACAACCUCCUUUGAUAAAUCUCAUGACUGAGAAGCUAGACCAGGCUUUUUGUCCUGAGUGUGGUAUGGUUACAGACAUUUGUUUGGUACAUGAUCAAAAGGAGCCCUUUUUGGAUUCAGUGGGUUGUUUUCCCAAAGAACCACAGACUUUCAGAAACAUGAUGACUAGAUAUACAGCAUCACCAUACUGUCCCCAGUUUGUAACAUGGGCCAGCAAAGACCAACAGGCAGCCAAGGAAGUAGAAGAACAGAGCUUAAUAGUAGCCUGGGGUCCCCAGACAGGGAGACUUUAUCUACCCUCAUUGUCCAAUUUCAGAAAUGAAAUACAUGAACAAAUAAUUGAAAAUAAGAAGUAUGAAGACUCCCUGGGAAAGGGACUUUUUUCAAGACUUUACGAGAGACCAUACUCAGAUGAGCCACUGGAAGAAAAGAAGGAAGUGUAUCUCCAGCAACUUAAAGAACAAUGGGGACUGCAUAUACAAACACAAGCUUAAACACAUUUCUCUUCUUUUCACAAAUUUACGGUACUUAAUUUUAUGUAGAAAAUAACUUUAUAAAUUAGCACAAUUUGUUUAUAGCAUCUAAACCUGGUGACCAAGAACAGGUCACCAACUCUUAUCUGCAGAAAACUGCAGCAAAGUGCAUUUGAUGCCAUAUUGCACCAGUGCAAGUAUUUGAGAAUCAUGUUGAUUCAAACCAGCAUACCUUUUUCUAAAGUUUUGUAGUUUAAAACACAUGAAAAAUAGUGAGAGAGGACAUUACAUGCUGAAUUUUAUUCCAGAUCGAAGAUACAUAUAUCAGUUAUUUGCAAGAACAUUAGACAUCUGUGAUGCCACAUGUCUGUUCGGCCUGAACUGAAUUUAAUUAUUAAAUCUGAAAGUUACCAACUUCCGGAUGACUUCUUUGGUAGAAGUAUUAUACUGUCUGAGCAGGGGGAAAGUAGUUAAACAGAGUAACAAUGCAUAUUGGCUGUAAAUCUGCUUAAAUCAAAAUAUUUUUCUUAUACGGAAUUUGAAAAGCAAGAUGAUUGCCUGAAAAACACUGGUUAUUGAGAACUGAAACUCUGAUGUCUUACUUCGUAGCCUUUACACCCUAACUACUAAUGGUUUCAUGAAACUUUAACCAAUCAGUAGAACUUGUUUCCCCAUACUAUGUGUAGGACUGAGGACCAGUCUAUACAAUAUGGGUUACCAUGUUCCCAAUGCUGGUUGUGUAAAUAUUAAACUGAAGUGUAUGGUGUAAAGAAUUUUUUAAAAAAAUUAUUUUCCAUUGCAAUGUGUUCUUUCUUACCCACACUCAGAGUUCUGGAGGUUUCUUAUCCCAUAAGUCAUCACUAGCUUUCUAAAGGAAAUUAUAGACGUUACUACUUGGAAAAAGAAUCAUAGACACACAGGUUGCUGGAACAGCAGGAUUAGAGUCCAGCUGCACCUUCGAGACCAGAGAGUCAGAGCUCCCUUCUUCAGAUCUUGUUGGUCUCUAAGGUGUUACUGAACUCAAAACUUGCUAUUCUACUGCAGUUCAACAUGGCUACCAACCUGAAACAGAUGGCUAAGUAAGUCUUCGUUCUUUGUAGCCUUUACACCAUGACUACUAAUGGUUUCAUGAUACUACCAAUCACUAGAACUUGUUUCCCCAUACAUGAAAUCAUCAAGGAAUUUUUGAGGGGGAUUCUUGUGGUGGCAAGAUACCAAUUCAACACAACAAAUGCUUUGGUAACUCCUCUAAAUGAACAAACAUGACUAGUGAAAACAGCAAUCUUUCUAUGAUGACUAUAUCAUCUAGAUUAGUUCUCAGUUUCUUGUGUAUAUAUGAUAUAAAAUAUCACCAAGUGAGAAGCAAAUAUUUUGUACAGACUAAGAAAAUACCAUCUUAACCAUUGCUUUGUAAUGUAUUAUGGGGGAAAUGUAUUUUAGCACCCACAUUUCUAAUGCAAGAUGUCUUCCUAUCUUACUGGCAUCAUCGGUGUUCAUGGUCGGUCUGGAUUGUUCACUCUGUAAACACCAAACCUUGUCACUCUCUGUGAUGGCAAUCUUUGUUUUGCCACCAAAUAUACACUUACUAAGGCACUACAGCUAAUCUCAGCUCCCCAACCUCUGUACCUGCAUGAUACACAUGUCUGCAUCUUUGUCAUACUUACAUUUUAGAGUAUACACUAAGCUAGGUGUGGAUGUACACCUAAAAUGUAAUAUAAUUUCAAAUAAAUGUUUGAGAUAGA